UCGAUUUCAUUGCGUGACAUGAAAACAGUGGUGGUGUAAUUGGUGUUAGGUUAUACAGUUUUAUAAUUAAUAGUUUUAAUAUUCAUUGUCUGAAAUAAUGCAUGGGAACGGGCCAGGUAGCUCAGAUCCAAGAAGACCUGAUAAACAGCAUCGGUACAAGCCACCACCACCAAGUGCCCAGGCAGCUCCAGGAGAGGAUUUGACACCAGAUUAUAUGAACAUUUUAGGCAUGAUAUUCAGCAUGUGCGGCUUAAUGAUGAGAUUAAAAUGGUGUGCUUGGGUGGCACUGUAUUGUUCCUUCAUCAGCUUUGCCAACUCACGAACAAAUGAUGAUACAAAACAGAUUCUAAGUAGUUUCAUGUUGUCUAUUUCUGCAGUUGUCAUGUCCUAUUUGCAAAACCCACAACCCAUGAAUCUGCCAUGGUCAACAGUUUUUGUAUGACAUUUUAAACUGUAUUGUAGAUUGUAAUUAAAUCCUGCUUAAUACAUUUUUCUUCAUCUGG